AUGGAAUGGGAUGCGGAGUACUCGUUAUCCAUUUUUCAUUCGCUUUAUUGCCCUCUUGGGCUGUCACAAACAAGUGUGGCUAGCCCGAGGCCCCGCCCAUAUCAGCCCAAGCACGCCCACUUUCUCCCUGAUUUCUUUGGGUUUCCUAGCACACAUCAGUAAUGUCUCCUGGCCACGCUGGCCAAUUUAAAAUUCAAUUUAAUUUCAAUUGAUAUUGGAAAAUCUUUCAGCUUCUCUCUCCUCCUUUUGCUAACUGAAAAACAUAUCCACACGCAGCGGGGAAGCCCCAUUUACAGUUUCAAGAGUUCCUCAAUUUCUCACUGUUGGAAAACUCACU